AUGAGCGGAGGAGGCAUGGACGGAGCUCCGGUCGCCGAGUUCCGGCCGACGGUGACGCACGGCGGCCGGUUCCUGCAGUACAACAUCUUCGGCAACCUGUUCGAGAUCACGCACAAGUACCAGCCUCCCAUCAUGCCCAUCGGCCGCGGCGCCUACGGGAUCGUCUGCUAUCUACUAGUAGUGCAGUGGUUGAUCAUAGGCAUCAGGGACGUGAUCCCGCCGCCGAUCCCGCAGGCGUUCAACGACGUGUACAUCGGCAUGGAGCUCAUGGACACGGACCUCCACCACAUCAUCCGCUCCAACCAGGAUCUCUCGGAGGAGCACUGCCAGAGCGACAUGAUGACGGAGUACGUGGUGACCCGGUGGUACCGCGCGCCUGAGCUGCUGCUCAACUCCACCGACUACUCCGCCGCCAUCGACGUCUGGUCCGUCGGCUGCAUCUUCAUGGAGCUCAUCAACCGCCAACCGCUCUUCCCCGGCCGCGACCACAUGCACCAGAUGCGCCUCAUCACCGAGGUGAUCGGGACGCCGACGGACGAUGAGCUCGGGUUCAUCCGGAACGAGGACGCGCGCAAGUACAUGCGCCACCUCCCGCAGUUCCCGCGGCGGCCGUUCGCGAGCCUGUUCCCGAAGGUGCAGUCCGUCGCGGCGCUGGACCUCAUCGAGCGGAUGCUCACCUUCAACCCGCUGCAGAGGAUCACAGUUGAAGAGGCGCUGGAGCACCCGUACCUGGAGCGGUUACACGACAUCGCCGACGAGCCCAUCUGCACGGAGCCAUUCUCGUUCGACUUCGAGCAGCAGGCUCUGACAGAAGACCAAAUGAAGCAGCUGAUAUUCAACGAGGCCAUCGAAAUGAACCCGAAUUUCCGAUAUUAG